GUAGCACGCACACAGGCGCCGCCGCCGCAACACACAUCGCUCGUCACUCGUCAGCGCGUACGUCCUCCGCUAGCCAUGAGCCUGAAGACCCUGAUGGUGCUGGCGCUGGUGGGCGCGCUGGUGCAGGCGGCGCUGGCCAUCGAGUGCGCGCCCGGCAUCUGCUCCGCGGUGCGCUGCGCCAACGUGGACCCCGCCAGCUGCAACGGGGAAGUGCGCCAGCACGCCUCCUUCUGCGGCUGCUGCCCGCUCUGCAUUUCCAUCAUCCAAGCUGGAGGUCUCUGUUUUGAUGGCAUCCUGGGUCUGCCACCUACCAGUGAAUGUGCUACUGGUACAGCUUGCAUCAAUAGCACUUGCACCCCUCUUACAGAAAUCUCUGAACAAUAAUGUGAUUCAGUACCAUCCAUCAUUACAUUUCACUUUAACCAAAUCUGUCUUUCAAAACGAAGUACAUAAAACAAAUUCAACAAUGUAUGAAAUAAUAUUAAAUUUUUAAUCACUUAUGACAUUUAGUAUAAUUAUUCAUAGUGUACUACUUCUUCAUAAUUGUAAUAUUAAUAGUAACUAUUCAUAAAAUGUAUAACCUUUGUGGCUGUAAAUCACCAAUUAUUUAAAAAGAAUAUCCA